GGAAGGACAUGGCCGCAGUGCAGAGAACAUUAAUGGCUCUCGGCAGUUUGGCAGUCACCAAGGAUGACGGCUGCUACAAAGGGGAUCCAUCCUGGUUUCACAGGAAAGCACAGCAGAAUCGACGAGGAUUUUCAGAAGAGCAGCUUCGUCAGGGACAGAACGUAAUAGGCCUUCAGAUGGGCAGCAACAAAGGAGCAUCACAGUCGGGUAUGACAGGCUAUGGGAUGCCAAGGCAGAUUAUCUAA